GUAUUUUAAAUAUUUUACGUAGUAUAUACUAGAAUGGCUUCAAUAGCUCCAUCAGAUUCAGAGUCGAACGUAAGUGGUUUCAUCCGCUACAGUGAUAAAGACGUCAAAUAUUUGUACACAUCAAUAAUACAGAGUAUGGAAUCCAUCAAUCAGGACAUCUCUGUAGUUGAAACGAAUCUCAAAAACUUGGUACAGCAGGCCGGCCCUUUGGAAGGACAGCUGUCUGCGCUAUUACAAUCACUACCAAAACCAAACCUAAAUUUGCCUAUGGAAAUGGAUUAAAAGUGGACCUCAAUUAAAUUGGAUACACAGACAUUUUGAAGUAUGGAGAAGCAGCAGAAAGGAUAACUCUUGUAUUGAAAGUGGUGGCAGAUAAUGUUAUUGACAUUUAAGUUGUACCACGUUGUAUUCUCCAGAACUUUUACAUUUAAAUGUUAUCCUCACUCGUUACUGCUAUGUUGUAUAACUAUUGUAGUUACUCAAUACCAU